ACUGCCUGUCGAUUGAUCCUCCCUGAUUUUGAUUUUGAUUUUAUUUUAUUUUAUUUUAUUAUUUUAUUUUCUGGAUUAUUUUACAUUUUAUUUUAUUCUAUAUUUUAUUAUUUUUCCUGUCAACCUUGCUCCCCACUUUUCGCAUAUCUCCACUAUUCCACACCCUCAAUCAUCGUCUCUCCUUCUUUUCCCCUCUGCCAUCCACGCGCUUUGGUCUAUAAACCCCGUUCACAUCCUCCUCCAUCCUCCCCCCCUGUUCCCAUCAAACCCACCCCCACUUGUACCUUGCCUCCAAUUCCAUUGGAUCCAUCUUUCGUUGCCUCUUGACUCGAACUCGCUUUUAUAUAUCUACCCUCGGUAGCCUCCUUCUUGCUAUAAGCUACCUCUUACCUUCCCACUCGAGUUCCAACCUAAGAUACAUACAUACAUCUAUAUACUACCCUCCUCCCUCUAUACCACCUCACCUCCAUCACCACCCACCUAUUACCUUCCUACCUAUCUACCUCAACACUCAACAUGGAUCUCGCCAGCCUCAUCUCCCACCCGGGACCCGAUCCCAUCAUGAAGUCUAGAGCCUCAUACAGCCCUCCCAUGACUUCCUACAAGCGCUCCAUCGAACACACCUCGGACUCCUACUUCCCCUCCGUCCCGAUCUCCUACACCCGCUCCCCGCAACCUCCUCUCUCCCCGCCUGUCGAGGACCAGUCCCCCAAGUGCUCUCUUCCCUCCAUCUCUACCUUGCUCGAGGGCGCAGAUGGCGCAGCUAUGCAUGCAGCAAAGCGCACUAGAAUGACCCCUCCUCUGCAGCGCGACCUUGAUUCCCGCCAACAGUCGCAAGCAUAUGACCUCAAAGCCAACGGCCCCCAAAUCGCCUUGCCCCCCACCCCCCCAUUGCGCCCCGGUUCUAGCUUCCACAGCGCCGGACACUCCCCCGCCUCCUCCAUCUCUGCUGCCAGCGAUGCUGCUGCGCCCAAGCGCUCCGACUCCUACCCUCAAGUGCCCAUGGCUCUGCCUAGCCCCUCGGAUCGCUCGUCCAUCUCCAGCCAGGGUUCAGUUCAGGGUGUCUCCAGUGCUUCCUACGCUUCUCCCGCUCCCAGCGUCUCUUCCUACUCCUCUCCCAUUGAGCCUUCGGCCUCGUCCGCCAUGUUCUACCAACGCACGGCUCCCUCCACUUCCGCCGCUCCUCUCCCGACGCCAGCAGCACCGCAACAGAUUAUCUCCCCUGUGAACCCUGCCUGGCAGCACCACCACUACUUCCCUCCCUCCAGCACCACGCCCUACCAGCAGAACCAUGAUCGCUAUAUCUGCCGCACCUGCCACAAGGCCUUCUCGAGACCCUCCAGCCUGCGCAUCCACUCUCACAGCCACACGGGCGAGAAGCCCUUCCGCUGCACCCACGCCGGUUGUGGGAAGGCCUUCAGCGUGCGCAGCAACAUGAAGCGUCAUGAGCGUGGCUGCCACAGUGGUCGGCCCGUCGCAACCGCCAUGGUUUAAAGUCCGGCACUGGGUGUCCGGUCACCUUGAUGCGCCUCGAAGGCAGUCAAGGCAAGAAAAAAAGCUCGACCAAACCAAAGAGCAAUACGCCAAAUUAAGAAAAAAGGACCAUACCACUCCAUACAACCAACCUCCCUGAACCCAGCGACCAUCUGCUCUGUUUUCUUCUUUGAGUGAUACCCUUUGUGCAUGUUUUAUAUUCACUUCUUCUGAUCCUCACGCACCCGGGAAUCCAUGGGACUUGGGUGUGUCGUGAUGGGAAUCCCCAUUUUUUCUUUCUUCACUUCCACCUGUGUAUAUUUGGAUGACUUCUUCCUUUUUUUUAUAUUUUACUGUCCAUGUGAAAAGGAGCAGGCGUCGCUGGUUUUCGGUCUGGGAAAUGCAAAGCAUAAGAGUCGGGAGGAGAAUCAUUGGGCAUGGGAUAAUCGGAGUCUCAACUCUGGUUGAAUUGUUUCUUUUCUUCUGUGUUUCCUAUAUCUUUUCCUAUUUUUUCCUUUUUUUCCUUGUGUCAUCUCAUUUCCUUUGUUAUGAUGUGACAUGACCUUGUGAACAAGAGAUGUUCCUACUAUACGAUUAUAACAAACGCACAACAGCUUUGUUGUACUCUGGUAUGAAGAAACCAAUUAAGAGCAUAGACUCGCAUUCAAGAUGAAGAACCAGCCUUCCCCCUUCAUUGUAAUUGUAGACAACUAGCCAACUAUCCUAUGAUACAACGUGAG